AUGUCGAACGACUCCGGAGACCACAAAAAGGUUAAUCUAAACGAUGCAUCUGGUGCCGAACAUAAGGCUGCAGAUGAAAUGGCAACCGCAAUACUAAAGAAGAAGAAAAAGCCCAAUUCAUUGAUGGUAACUGAUGCACUUAAUGACGACAACUCUGUUAUAGCACUUUCAAAUAAUACAAUGGAGACUUUGCAACUUUUUAGGGGUGAUACAGUAUUAGUCAAGGGAAAGAAGCGAAAAGAUACUGUUUUGAUUGUACUAGCAGAUGACGAACUUGAUGACGGCAGUGCACGUAUGAACCGAGUAGUUAGGCAUAAUCUCCGUGUCAAGCACGGAGACAUGAUUACGGUGCACCACUGCCCUGAUAUCAAAUAUGCUAAACGAAUUGCCGUUCUUCCAAUAGCUGAUACAAUAGAGGGCAUCACUGGCUCUCUCUUUGACGUCUUUCUUGCUCCAUACUUUAGGGAAGCCUACCGACCUGUUCGGCAGGGCGAUUUAUUUACAGUGAGGGGCGGAAUGAGACAGGUUGAAUUUAAAGUUGUUGAAGUCGACCCACCAGAAUACGGCAUUGUCGCUCAAGAAACCGUAAUUCAUUGUGAGGGAGAACCUAUUCAACGGGAAGACGAGGAAGGAAAUUUAAACGAAGUUGGCUAUGAUGAUAUUGGAGGCUGCAGAAAACAGAUGGCACAAAUCAGGGAAAUGGUUGAGCUUCCACUGAGGCACCCUCAGCUUUUCAAAUCUAUCGGAAUCAAGCCCCCAAGAGGUGUUCUAAUGUUUGGUCCACCUGGAACUGGUAAAACUUUGAUGGCUCGAGCUGUGGCCAAUGAAACCGGAGCAUUCUUUUUCUUGAUCAAUGGGCCAGAAAUCAUGUCUAAAAUGGCAGGCGAGUCUGAAUCAAACCUACGCAAGGCAUUUGAAGAAGCCGAAAAGAACUCUCCUGCCAUAAUAUUUAUUGACGAGAUUGACUCAAUCGCUCCCAAGCGCGAUAAAACUAAUGGAGAAGUUGAGCGCCGUGUUGUCUCCCAACUACUUACCCUCAUGGAUGGAAUGAAGGCCAGAUCGAAUGUAGUUGUCAUGGCCGCAACCAAUAGACCUAAUUCUAUUGAUCCCGCACUCCGUCGCUUUGGUCGGUUCGAUCGUGAAGUGGAUAUCGGCAUUCCCGACCCAACCGGCCGCCUUGAAAUCCUACAGAUUCACACCAAGAACAUGAAGCUAGGUGAUGACGUUGAUUUAGAGCAGAUUGCUUCUGAGACCCAUGGAUAUGUCGGAUCAGAUAUCGCGUCACUCUGUUCUGAAGCAGCUAUGCAGCAAAUCCGCGAGAAGAUGGAUCUGAUAGACCUUGAUGAAGAUACUAUUGAUGCAGAAGUUCUCGACUCGCUUGGUGUCACAAUGGAAAACUUUCGUUUUGCUUUGGGUGUGUCAAACCCAUCGGCUCUUCGUGAAGUUGCGGUCGUGGAAGUACCAAAUGUUAGAUGGGAUGAUAUAGGAGGUUUGGAGGAUGUCAAGCGUGAGCUCAUUGAAUCAGUUCAAUACCCAGUUGAUCAUCCUGAGAAAUUUCUUAAGUUUGGUCUAUCACCUUCUCGUGGCGUCCUCUUCUACGGACCACCAGGUACUGGUAAGACUUUACUUGCUAAGGCCGUUGCCAAUGAAUGCUCAGCAAACUUCAUAUCGGUAAAAGGCCCUGAGUUAUUAAGUAUGUGGUUCGGAGAGUCUGAAAGCAACAUCAGAGACAUCUUUGACAAAGCCCGGGCUGCUGCUCCUUGCGUCGUAUUUUUGGAUGAGCUGGAUUCCAUUGCAAAAUCUCGAGGCGGAUCUGUUGGCGAUGCUGGAGGAGCAUCAGAUCGGGUAGUCAACCAAUUAUUAACUGAAAUGGAUGGAAUGACUUCUAAAAAGAACGUUUUCGUUAUUGGCGCCACAAACAGACCCGAGCAGCUCGACAAUGCGCUAUGUCGACCAGGCCGUCUAGACACCCUUGUCUAUGUUCCUCUACCGAAUGAGUCCUCUCGUGCUGGAAUACUUAAAGCCCAACUCAGGAAGACACCAGUGUCUCCGGACGUUGACAUAUCUUACAUUGCCUCCAAGACACAUGGUUUCUCCGGUGCAGAUCUAGGAUUUAUUACACAAAGGGCCGUGAAGUUAGCCAUAAAAGAGUCUAUCUCUCUAGAUAUACAGCGGCGCAAGAACCGCGAGAUGGCUGGAGAUGAUGUCGAUAUGGAUGAUGAGACAGAAGACCCAGUACCCAUGCUGACCAAGGCUCAUUUUGCUGAAGCGAUGGCCUCUGCCAGGCGUUCAGUCUCGGAUGUGGAGAUCCGACGAUACGAAGCAUUUGCGCAAAGUAUGAAAAGUGCAGGCCCAGGAGCAUUUUUUAAGUUCCCUGAGGCUGGUGAGGCAGUUGCUACUGGUGAUGCCUCUGGUGGAUUUGGAGAUGCUGGCAACGACGAUAGCCUCUACGACUAA